AUGUCUUCCUUAGUUGUUGCCGUGGUAUAUGUGGGCGGGUGUCUGCUAGUAAUGAGCACGUUUUCGUAUUUUUGGCGUCGGCGGAAAGCAGGCAAGUUUUCAUUACUGUCAUAUUAUUUAGCAAGGGCACAGUUAGAACCAUGGUUUCCAGAACAUAAGACGCGUGAUAUUUACUAUGCCUUGGUGAAUGCUGAUCCACCCGCAAGCGAGAUUCAACGCAAGAGUGCUCUGCUACGUCGAGCGAUGACAGAUAUUGUGCGCGCUGGGAAAAUUAAUAGUGACAAACAAGCUCUUGCUACAUUAUUACAACAGGGAGCAGUUGGAGAUGAUCUAUGGACUUCAUUACUAGCUGCCGAGGCAGAGCUUUACAACGUAGAACUGAACGAUGUCGUAGUGGAGGCUAAUAAAUACAAGCAUGGCUGGGGCCAGACUAUUCUUCAGACAGCUCAAGAAAUGGACUCUUAUUACGAACAUUCAAAUUCCAAUACUCUACAUGGAUUCCUAGAUGCAACAUCAUUAUCAACUACGGAUGCUGACUUUAUACAAUGA